UCUUAUUGGCUCUUGUAAGCAAUAUCCCGCCUUAUUCGGAAUUCCACAGCAGGAAUCUCUUUUCAUUGGUCCAUCAGGUCAGAGAGCAGAGAACAACAAACAAGAUAGGGUGAAGACCGUCGGGAUGGAUGCAGCUACCUUGACAUACGACACACUUCGCUUUGGAGAGUUUGAAGAUUUUCCUGAGACCUCAGAGCCUGUGUGGAUCUUGGGAAAACAAUACAAUGCACUCACAGAGAAAGACGACAUUCUAUCAGACGUCACUUCCCGACUGUGGUUCACAUACAGAAAAAACUUCCCACCGAUUGGAGGCACCGGACCAACAUCAGACACAGGAUGGGGAUGUAUGCUACGGUGCGGCCAGAUGAUCCUCGGUGAGGCUUUGAUGUGUAGACAUUUAGGCAGAGACUGGAGAUGGGCCAAAGGCCACAAACAAAGAGAAGAGUACAUCAGUAUUCUCAACGCCUUCAUUGACAAAAAAGACAGCUAUUAUUCCAUCCAUCAAAUUGCCCAAAUGGGAGUCGGAGAGGGAAAACCAAUAGGCCAGUGGUAUGGACCAAACACAGUCGCCCAGGUUCUAAAGAAGCUGGCAAUGUUUGAUACGUGGAGCAGAUUAGUUGUACACGUGGCGAUGGACAACACAGUGGUCAUCGAGGAGAUCAAGCGUCUUUGUAUGCCCUGGCUGGAUGUUGCAGGAGCCUGUGGUGGCUCAGAGGGAAUGGGGGAACUCAACGGCUGCCUGGAGGGAGCAUGUGCCCUGGCUGAGGAAGAGACGGCUCUCUGGAAGCCACUGGUCCUGCUCAUCCCCCUCAGGCUGGGCCUGACCGAUAUAAAUGAGGCCUACAUUGAAACCCUCAAACAAUGCUUCAUGCUGCCUCAGUCCCUGGGUGUUAUUGGGGGAAAACCCAACAGUGCCCAUUACUUCAUUGGUUAUGUCGGAGAGGAGCUCAUUUAUUUAGACCCACACACCACACAGCCUGCAGUGGAGCCGUGUGAAGACGGCCAGGUCCCCGAUGAGACGUACCAUUGUCAGCACCCGCCCUGUCGCAUGCACAUCUGUGAACUGGACCCUUCCAUCGCAGCGGGUUUCUUCUGCAGAACAGAGGACGAGUUUGACGACUGGUGUAUGCGCAUAAGAAGGCUGUCCUGCAACAAAUGGGGGCUGCCCAUGUUUGAACUCGUAGACAGUCAGCCCUCUCACAUGGUCAGCGUGGAUGCUCUAAACCUAACUCCUGACUUCUCAGACUCGGACAGGUUGGAACGGUUCUUCGAUUCAGAGGACGAGGAGUUUGAGAUCCUUUCCCUGUGAGGAACGUAAUGAACAAUGAUUUACUGUUCUCAGCAGUAGGCGAAAGAUUCUGUCUCUUCUCUGUAUCAGAAGGGAAGCCUGAGGGGAUGAACAUUAACUGGAGACCUCUUGAGCCAGUCCAGCUCCAAUGGUGUCACACAGCGUUCUUCUCAACAGCCUCUGAAUGCUCUCUAUCCAACACUGAGACCGCCCGGUGGAAGCUGUAGCAGGAGCUCAGGAUAAAAUUCUGUAUGCACAUCUUCACAUACAUGUGUUUCCAUUUGAGUCUUAACACUUUAAAUGUUUAUUCUGAAGUGAUAUGGUGCCUUUCCCUGACUCCAUAAUUAAAAUUGCCAUAACAGUUUUAUGUUGUAUAGAAACACAAUGGUUCAUGAUGCCCAUGGCUUACGCGGUUUGUCACUAAUAACUGAAGUCUGUAACAGCCUGUAACGAAAACCAAAUUUAGUAAAAAUCUGAAGUUGUA